AACUAACUGUCUGUCUGUCUGUCUGUCUGUCUGUCUGCAGGAGUUUAAGUUGAUGUACGGCAUGUUGUUCUCCAUCCGCUCAUUCGUCAGUAAGAUGUCUCCUCUGGACAUGAAGGAGGGCUUCCUGUCCUUUCAGACCAGCAGGUAUCGUCUUCAUUACUAUGAGACUCCGAGUGGACUGAGGUUUGUCCUCAACACAGACCUGUCUGUCUGCAACGCCAGAGAGACACUGCAGCACAUCUACAGCAACUUGUAUGUUGAGUACAUAGUGAAGAACCCGGUGUGUGUUCCCUCUCAGAGUUUGGACAGCGAGUUGUUCAGCAGCAGACUGGACGCCUUCAUCAGAGCUCUGCCCUACUACAGCCCACGAGCUGCUUAACACACACACACUGUACACACACACACUGUACACACACUGUACACACACACACACACUGUACACACACACUGUACACACACACACUGACACACACACACACACACUGUACACACACACACACUGUACACACACACACACUGUACACACACACACUGUACACACACAAACUUCUUGUGUUUCUGAAGUUCGAUCUUGUUUCUGUCUCGUGUUGAAUUAAACGUCUGAACAUGAA